AUGGCGCUUGUUACAUCCAAAAGACUCUUAUGGGCGAGACUUGUGCUUCUAACCGUUAUUGGCUACAAAUUGCUUGUCGAUCCGGAGUCCGUUCUUCAGUUCAAUGGUGUUCUUGUUCUCUCAUCAGCAAUGGGUCUUCCCAUAUUGAUGUACAAUGAAAAAUCGCAGGUUUAUGGAUUAGUCGGUGUUCUCUUCAUUGGGAUGGUUGUGUCUGAUGUUGGACCAUUAUUGGAGACAAAUGUGAAAUACUUUGAGACAACCGUGCUCCUCAGGCUCGUAUAUUCGCUUCUCCUUUGUGUGUACUGCUACAUGAGUGAUUAUCUUCCUGUUUGUAAUUCUGCUGUCUUCUCAUAUGCAUUUAUAGAGACAUGGUUUGGCAUUCUGCAGUAUAACUGUCUAAGGGAAGAGCACUAUAAAAGGGAUGAGCAAAAGAGACUGGAGUUGAAUGAACUUUCUGACAAAUAUGACCGUGGAGAGCUAACUAGAGAGGAUGCCAGAAAGUAUGAGAAAUCCCUUAGUGAGGAAGAAUACAAGAAGAUCAUGAGCGAGUUUAAAAAAUAG